GCCGGGCCGCUAGCCUCCUCUCAGGGUAAUUCCAGGGGGUACUUAUAUCUCAUAGUUGCCAACUCAAUACCUCAAGCUUACCAUCUACUCCGAAGAUGCCAGUCAAACAGGUUUCUGGGCGAGUCACUUUGACACAUGCAAAGGGUUCCUCUGCGGAACUACUUCUGUACGGUGCAACAGUCAUUUCAUGGAAGGCUGGAACCAUCACCGAACCUCAGCCAAUUGAGCGGCUAUUUGUUUCAUCCAAAGCCGCUGUCGAUGGUUCAAAGCCUGUGCGGGGAGGUAUUCCAGUCAUAUUUCCUUGCUUUGGACCUCCCAGCCACCCAGAGCACAUGAAACUUGCCCAGCAUGGUUUUGCCAGAAAUGAAGUGUGGAAAUUCGAUAGCAUUGUGAUGGACAAUGACGAGGGCGUAUCUGUGAGACUCACGCUUGAGCCAACCGCGGGUAUCACAGAAAAAUAUGACAGACCAUUCCAUCUGGCUUAUGUCGUUACCUUGGCUGAGCAUCAGAUCAGUACUGAUCUGCACGUCACGAACACGUCAACCUCUAUGGCUUACCCACCUGACAACCUCGAAUUCCAGGCUUUGUUCCAUAACUAUAUCAGGGCCCCUGCGAACGACGUCCUUGUUUUCCCCUUGCAAAACAAAAGUUAUUUUGACAAAACAGAGGCAUCCGAAGAAGCCAGAAACAAACCGAAAGUUGAGACUAGGGCAGGAGUUGAUGUCCGUCAAUUCACCGAUUCUGUGUACCCAGAUGCAGGGGGGAAAUAUGAAGUCACAUGGCCAGGAGGUGGCGUGGAGAUCAAGGUUCGGGAGCUAAAGGACGUUGUUGUUUGGAACCCUCAGCAGGCUGCGGGUGCGAAAAUGGGAGACAUGGAAGAUGGAGGAUGGGAAAGGUAUGUUUGUGUUGAGCCAGGUUAUGUGAGGGGAUUUGCGAAGAUAGAACCAGGCAAGACGUGGAUUGGGCAACAAGUUAUAUCUGUCAUUCACCACGAAAGGAGGAUCAAUCAGUUGUGAUUAGUCCUUGUGAAUUGC